AAAUGUCCGUCAGAGAAUGAAUGCCGAAAAAAUGAGUCGUUAUUUGAAGUAAUUGGCGGGAAAACGUACCUCAGAAAAGAACAUGAGAUCCGUGGCACUUGGGAGCGAACGAAUUUUGGUUUCUUUUAUUUCCUUGGAGAGAAAUUGGUGAACUGGAAGGAAAACUGGAUGACAUGCUGCAGUCUGGGCCUCAAACCUUUAGCCCUGACUGACAGGCUUAUGGUCCAUUUCGACAGACCGAAUUCCCCGAUGCAAGGUGUGGUUUACUGGUCGGCAAUGACUCGAGCGGGAUGUCCGCUUCACUUUGAAAACUGCCUCCACAACUCAUCGCAAUCGCUCUUCAUUGACGUCUGUGGAAUCCGAAAAGGAGGCUCUUGCGUGGCCGUUUCGAUCCGAGACCCGAAGACCAAGGAAAUGAUGGGCACGAGUCUGGCAGUGAAAACCACCGUCUGCGCCUCCAAACUGCUGUUGGGCUGCCAAGGAACGGAGCAGACCUUCGAAAUCAGGGUUACAAAAAUAUAAAAAUUAUUAUUUAAUUUAAAAUUUAUCUGGUAUAAGGAUGACGGAAGCAACUGCGAUCUGCCAGAGUGCACAGGGCUUCCAGAUUGUGUUAUGGAAGAUGAAUUGUCCCUCAAGCAACCCCUCCGAGUCUUGCU